UAUCAUUGACCAGAGUCACCGAUAAGAGCUCUGGGGCUGGAAGAGAAGAGGGUUCAGCGAUAUGUCUACAAUAUAUUGCACACCGUACAGCCAGUCACACACAGUAAGAUAAUGUUUAUUUUUCGGGGGUCGAGGAGGUGUGUCAUUUGUGACCACAAAUCCGUCCUGCAGUAUAUAUUGAGGGAAAAAAUAGGAACAAAAUAAUCCAAAACAAUGUAACAAGGACUGCUGAACUACCUGGGAGAAUACGGCAGGGUUUAUCCAAAUCCAAAUGUGUCACAUGCCACAGUAAAUUAGGGUGAUACGCAGUUUAUCAGUCAAAGUAUCAGCCAGUGAGUCCGUCGCUGCAAUGGAGAACUACAGCCCAGACGACUUGUUUCGAUUUAAAAGGAAGAACACAAUGUCCAAACCUUCCUGUGCUGGCUGCCACACAACUGGACAUCAUCUUCACCGUUCAGAUGUAGAAAAUGUGGAGGAGCGGCAGAGAUAUGAGAGGAUGGUCAGCGAGUCUCUGCAGGCUGUUGAUCCGGACCAACAGGAGCUCUCAGGCAGAAGGAAACCAGCAUUAGUCAGGUCAAAGACCUUCGACCACUCCCUGCUGACUCAGGUCCAGACAGACUCAAACCCCAAGAUAGAGAGAAAGAAGUCUCACUACAGCCAGCUUUCAAAGAGCAACUGUCAGUACCAUAAAAUAUUUAAGGAAAUCAGCAAAGAGGAACAGCUCAGACAGAGUUACACCUGUGCUCUGCAGAAAGACAUCCUUUACCAGGGACGAAUGUUUGUCUCUGACCACUGGAUCUGCUUCCACUCCAAGGUGUUUGGCAAAGACACAAAGAUUGCCAUCCCAGUGAUAUCCGUCACUCACAUCAAGAAAACCAAAACUGCCAUCCUGGUGCCAAAUGCUCUGGUGAUCGCAACCGCCAAUGACAGGUAUGUCUUCGUGUCCUUCCUGUCCAGAGACAACACCUACAAGAUCUUGAUGUCCGUCUGUCUCCAUCUGGAGGAGAAGAGUCCAUGCAGCAGCCCCGUCCCCUCCUCAGCUGAGAACAGCUUCAGAGGUCAGAGGUCACCUCUAUCGCCUCGCUUUCCUCUGAGUUUUCCAGGUGAUUUCAGCGAUCUGGACGGAGCAGUGAGACAGCGGAGGCAGGAGUUGGAGGAAAGCAGCAGCUCUGACUCCCAGACCCCUGACUAUGAGAAGAUAGCAGAGUUCCCUGUUCCUCCAUUUCUGGAUGUGUUGAAGAACACAGAAGGUGCAGCUCCUCCUGAACAUCCAGACCAUCAGCACAAAGCGAAGAACCAGCAUCAAAAACAGCUGAGCCCAGACAACAAGCAGCAUGACGCACACCACGCUGGCUCUGAGCUGGUGAUUGACAGCAGAACUCUGAAACCAGUUUCUCUCAACACUGUGCUGUUUGUCUACCUGUUUCUAGUGUGUUUCCUGGUCUUGUCUUCCUGUUACCUGGCCUUCAAGAUCGUUUCCUUGGAGCAGAGACUGACGACGCUUGGCUCCGUCAGCGACUUCACCCACCAAGAAAAUGACUUUCUGCGGGGGAGCGACGUGAACACAGAUCUUUUCUCUGAACUACUGACCAUCAACCUGAUGAAGCUUGAGAAGGUGCAGAAGAACCUGCAGAGGCUGCUGGAUGAAGCUGCGUGAAUGUACUGGAAACCAGUAUAUUAAGAUGAAAGCUGUAUACAGUUCUGUAAAUUCACUGUAAAUAUAUAGUUUAUUAUAGUGGAUGUUACAACCUGACAAUACUGAGAUGUAACUAACAUAAAGGGCUUGGAAAUUAUGAUACGCACAAGCACUUUAAAUACUGUUUUCACUGCAGCUGUAACCACACCCAGCGGUGAUGUCAUUGUAUACUGGCACACUACUGCAGUAAGACAAACAUUUUUUAAGAAGCUUUUUUUGUUAAGUAGCUCUUGUAACUGCAAUUACAGGCCAACCUGUGGUUCACGUUUCAUCAGCUGAUUAGAAAUCAAACCUCCUGGUUAAAUACAAUAGUAUUGUAAUAGUGUUGCAUUUGCUUGAUGCAAAUGUAACAGAAACAGUAGUAUUUUAAAGGGUCUGACAUUUCACGAGAAUAGUUUUGGAAGGCAGUGAUAUUGCUUAUUAUAUUUUUCUCUCUGUUGAACAAAAUCUUUUUUCUCAGCUACUGUUGCUGUAUUAACUUUUAAUGAAGUGAAAGUUUGGAUGUUUUUCGGCCAAUUCACUCAGGCCUAUGUUUACAGUACUGUGCAACUGACUAGAUCAAGGCUGUGUUCUCAGCGGUGCAUUUAUCUUCUGACUUUUGCCUUGUUAGACUGAUCCCAUUGAUGUUCUCUCAGCCGACUGAAAUAGCAAACACAGAAAUGUGUUUGCAUGAUGACAUGUAGGACUGACAACCAGCUCUGGACUUCAGCUUUCAUUGGCCUGGCUGGAGCUGCUUUUGUAGAUACUUCACAACCCCUGACUGGGUUUAUCUCAUGCUACCUUAAAGCUGUCAUUUUCUGAUGUAAGCUAGAAAUGCAUAAAACCUACAGUGCAAUGUAGCAGCUGCUGCCUCUGCCUUUAUGGGGCCCAACAGCUCUUUUCCACUUCAGUGACCUGAGGCUUCUUGUUACAUGGUGGCUUUAAACCUCCGAUACUGUUAACACAGAACCUUUGGUUAAACUAACUGUAUGUAUUGAUGCAUCAGCUGAACAACUUGACAUGCAGCCGUAACCGCGUGUGUAAACAUCAUUAAGCUUAUUAUGAUUCAUAACAGAGAUUUACAUAAUAGACUGUUACAGGAAUGACUGUGAUCUGUCAAUAUAGGGAAUUAUACACAGAGGGUCUAUACACAGAUUUAAUCAUUUUAUUUUCCUCUGUUGGGGAAUGAAGUUCUAUUUUGAAAUAAAGUUUUAUUUUGCUGUUA